AUGGCAUCAUACAAAGCUGCGUUCGAUCCGCCUACCCGACCAGGGGAGUCGGGACGCAGCAGGAGGACGGGAACAUACAUGCAUGGUGAACCGCCGAGGAUGGAACAUAGAGAGGCAGACAUUAUGCAUAUGCCUGGCCAGAUGGAAACGCAUCGAGGGCAGUCUCCAAUGCAGAGGACGCAGCCGACAACACUACCAAAACCGAGUAUCAGGGAGCCAUCGCCGGUUUCAACGUCAGGCCCAGAGAUUAGGUCCAAAGGGUUUGGGGGGAGCUUUGGGUUCGGAAAGUCAAUUGACAAGCCCUCUGCUGGAUCAGGCGCCCGGGAAUUAAAAGGGAAAUCGUCACGCAAUGUUCUCAGAAGAAAGCCGUCCUCAAUCGCCACCCAAUCUGGAGGCUCGCGCCCUACUAUUGAACGAUCAAAAACUGCAUCGCCCAUGAAGAUGUCUCAGCACUCGGGUGAACGCCGCCCAAGCAUGGAAGCCUCGCUGAAAUCAGCUGAAGCUUACAAUGAGAUUUUCACAAGGCCAAGAGCAAGAACCCCAGCAGUUAAAGAGACUCCUCGGAUCAUUCCAGAGCUGGACAGGUAUCGGACCAGGCCAGUGGUUACUUCAAAAGUCCGAUCCAAUGCGGAGGUUCCACACAAGCUAGCUACUCAAGACUUGCCACCUCCUACUCCUCUGUUAUCUGGUACGCCUUUGUAUUCAGGAGGUAGCAGUAGCCAUCGAUACAGUGGUUAUAGUGGUAGUGGAUAUAGUGCAAGUCCCUCGACCAGAUUCUCUGAAUCCCCUGGCCCAGGAGGAGCGUACAGUAGGAAUACAACGCCGACAUCGAUGUCUUCCCAAUCACCUGGAAUCGUUGUCCCUUUGAAGAUAAACACUCCGAGAUUACGUCAAGGGAGUCCGGCUACAUCAUCACGACCACCACUCUCCAGGAGAAGAGCGGGAAGUACUCCUAAUGAGAUUGAAGAACCCACACUUGAUUCCCAAGGUCUUCCAUCUUUGCGAGAGUCAAUCAACUCUUCGUCUUCAAAUUCGACGGUGAAAGUCGAGAACAAGAGCAAAGAGAAGGAGAAGAGUAGGAAGAAAAAGAGACUAUCGCCGCCUCCACCAAGCCCACCGCCUCGGAAGUCUUCACAUAAGUUUAAGCAAACAGCACCAGAUCAACAUGAAUCUCCUUCAAAACUGUCUCGAGCUCCUGCUAAACCGGUCAUGGCAUCCCCCUCCGAGUCUGCUCCAGUACAGCGAACAAUAUCUGCCCAAUCAGAAGCUAAACAUACACCGCCUCUGCGGCCGAGCAGAGACGGCGCACCGGAUCUUCGAUCACAGCUCGGUGACUCAUUGGCCAUUAUGCAGAGCAACUUAUCGGGUAUCAGCCUUUCACCAGAGCGUCGACAAAGUGGCGUUUUACGAAGUACAGCAACUUCGCCGUUGCAAACGCAGCCGGUUCUUCGACCGCCUCAGAGAAGCCGCUUACCUUCACGCAACGCAUCUCCAAGUCCUGUACAGGCGUCACAACGUCAGGCGACACCUGCUCCUGCUGGGCUAGGUAUAAUUCCGGACCUCAGACCACAGCAAGCUCAUUCUACGUCCAGCGGCAUUACUUCUCGGACUCCUAGUCCAAGUGUUAACAACUCGAAACCUCGCUUUGGGCUCUUCGGAAGACGUGUUAAGACUACUCCUGAAGUUGCAACAUUGGACACAAUCAAAGACAAGGCUCUACGGAAAGGGCCUGCAGCAGGUACAGGACAUGAAGGCUAUGGAAGGUAUGGGACACGAGGGAGAAGUAGCAGCGCAGGCGCAACGGGAAUGAGUCGAGACAGAAGUUUGAGUAGAGGAAGCUCAUCGCAGGAUAGUGCCGCUCAUGAUCCUUUCUUUCUCGAGCGGAUGAGUCCAGUUAUCAUUGCAGGUGGAGGCGAGAUCAUCGAGAAUCGCAAUGCGAGCUCAGAGUUGUCCCGCACGGAAAGCAACACCAGCCUCCUAUUGGGCAGACCUAGCAUGGAUUCGCGAGACUCGUCCAAGUCCAACCUAAGCAACGAGGUGUCGCGUACCACGCUCUGGCCCUCUGCUCUUCCCCGCGAAGCUCCAAAAAGCACACCGGCGAAUACGAUACCGAAGGGUCGACGACCUUCUGAUUGCAGUGAUGAUGGGAUGCACAACUCGUCAUUAGCCUUCCGUCGGUCGAUGCAACGGCUCAAUCACUCAACGGGUGCACUUCACAUACCGCCACCUAUCAAUAUCCCAAGCCGAGGUGUCUCGCCCACAAUGAGUAGCAUGGAUGCGAGUAUUCUGUCGGAUGAGUCGCAAAUGGAAAUGAAGGUUGGGAGAGGACGCAAAGACCUGCCGAAGAAGCCGAAGAAACUGGAGAAGCGUGCCAAAUCUCCGCGGAAGUGGAACUUCUUUCAUCGAUCGCAGCCGACAAGCAAGUCGAAGGACGAGUCUGCUGUGCCGGUUACUGUUGGGAAGCCGCCAGCGAAGACUGUAGCUCAUUACGCUAUGCUCGACUCCUCGGACGAGCAGCAAGACCCAAUCGAUGUGGAUCUUGAAGACAUCCUCCGCGAUGCCAAUGAUAUGGAACUGUCGAAUAUGGAACUGGAUGCUCUUCAGUUUGGUAACUACAAGGCGAACAUCGAGCGCAUCGAGAACCUUCACUCCGCGAUUGCGAAUUUCCAGCAGGAGCUACCCCCGACUACACGAUUGGAACCUACAACUGCUGUUCCUUUCUUCUCAUCGCCUGAGCCGAUUCAAAUCACUCUAGAUGCCCCGCCAACGGAGUUGCAUCUCGGUAAAGAGAUGGCACCAACACGUCCAAGUCGACUUCCUCAGGUUGGCCGGAUACCAAAGGUUGUAUCUGCUAGGCCACAAGCAACAUCCCCAAAGUCAUUCUCGAGACCCUUUGCUAGACUCAGCACUAGCCAACCUCUUUACCAACCUCCAAUUCUCGAUAAGCAGUCUGUAGCUUUGGGACAGAGCCCGCCAAAGUCACUAGUGCCAUAUGCGAUUUCCCAGACGACCGAACGCCAAGAUUUCGACAAAGAUCCCAGCGCGUGCCAAAGUUCCAUUGAUGUCAAGUCUGACACGACAACUGCUGCAAGUCACCAAGACUUCCUGGUCUUUCCUCUUCGGAAGAAUUCCGAAGCCACGACCAGUAGUAGUUCUGGGGGACACAGCUAUGCCGGGACUACAGCAGUAAUCCCCGAGACUGACGCUGAGCUUGCGGAGGACGAAGUAUGGGAUGAGUAUGACGACUUGAUUGAGAAUGAUAAUACCGUCAAACGCCCGAGCUCGACCACAUCAUCCCGUGCAGGGCCAUUUGAGUACGAAGGCUACGAGACUCGCCAGAUGAGAAAGAACAAGAUGAAGGCUAAGGAGUCACCCACGUUGGCUCCUCCACCUGAGUACAAUGAACCAAUUACCGACGAGUCUAGACGCUCUAAUUUGACUACAUCUAGCCACUACAGCGCUGACAUGAGCUCUCGAAUGAAGGAUGCCUUCAAAGUGGUCCCGUCCCCAUCAACGCCAAUGUCAUUUUCGGAUUUCUUCGCCGAGUAUGGCCAUCGCAAUAAUUCAGUUCAUGACGAUUCGGCUCAGAAACCACGUCGGCCCUCGCGAAGCAGGUCAAGGAAAUCAUCUUCGUCUAGUCAUAAUUCUCGCUCUCUGUCCAAGAGACCGAUCUCAGAGCAAGAUGUAUCCCCGAUCUCUCAAGUCAAUCUUCGUGUUGGAUCGAUGACAGUCAGCAAGUGGCUUACAUUUGGACAUGUGCUUUUCAGUCCUGCCAGGGAACAGAUCAUGCAGGUAGAAGGAUUAUCUAAACGUCAUUCCGUCCUUGUCCUUGAUGGUCUUGGCAAUGAUGACUGGUCCUUUUACGCCGCAGAAACUUAUCCCUCAUCAACCUUCUAUAACCUCUCUCCCACGCGCCCCCUCUCCGCCUCCCAACGCACCUCAACUAGUGCCUCCUUUCCACUUACGCCCCCCAACCACCGGCAAAUCCAAUACACCUCGCCGCUUCAUAAAUUCCCGUUCCCAUCAUCUACCUUCACCGUAGUAGUCUUCCGUUUCCCAUCCGGCAUGUCUGAAGCCGCGUACCGCAACAUCAUCGCGGAAUCGAAACGCGUCUUGAAGCCGGGUGGAUAUCUCGAAAUGGCAAUCCUAGAUCUCGAUAUGAUGAACAUGGGAAACCGAGCGCGGAGGGCAGUCCGUGGAUUGAAGGUCAAGAUCCAGGCUUUGGACCCGGGCAUGAGUCUUGGGUCUGCUUCUGAUACCGUACUCCGUAUCGUCGGCAGACGUGGCUUUGGCGAAAUCAAGUCCUGCAGUGUGGGCGUUCCUGUUGCUUCUACCGUCCCGUCUAACAAGACAAAUGAGAAGAAGGAUGAGAGGAGUCUGGCGGAUAUGAUGAAAGAUGACUCUGAUGCUGGCGAUGAAGGCAUUACGAAAAUGGUAGCCAAGGUGGGGAGAUGGUGGUACACGCGCUGCUACGAGAUGGGUGUCCUACCCGACGCCGAUGUUUCGAAAAGUCUGUUUAACGAUGGGCCCUUGUUGUCUGAAUGCGAGACGUGGAACUCGAGUUUCAAGCUCGUUGUGGCUUAUGCACAGAAGCCCGCUCUGGGAAGGAGGACUAGCAGUGUCUGA